UGGCUCUCAGGAUCUCCCACGAGGGGUCGCAUAGCUAAACGCUCUGCUAAAGAAGGUUUAUUGUUUCUCCGCUUCUCGGGAGCCUGAAACUGUUUUGCUAAUCUUACUUCCAAGUUCUACAAUCAAACAACAAGACGUGAAAAUGGCUGGUGGCAAAGCAGGAAAAGACAGCGGCAAAGCCAAGGCAAAAGCAGUGUCUCGCUCCCAGAGGGCUGGACUGCAGUUCCCAGUGGGUCGUAUCCACAGGCACUUGAAGACUCGCACAACCAGCCAUGGUCGUGUAGGAGCCACAGCAGCUGUGUACAGUGCAGCUAUCCUUGAAUACCUCACCGCUGAAGUACUAGAGUUGGCGGGCAAUGCCUCCAAAGACUUGAAGGUGAAGCGUAUCACUCCCCGUCACUUGCAGCUGGCCAUCCGUGGUGACGAGGAGUUGGACUCCCUUAUCAAGGCAACAAUUGCUGGAGGAGGUGUCAUUCCCCACAUCCACAAAUCCCUCAUUGGAAAGAAGGGCCAGCAGAAGACUGCAUAGAUGCCAUGUUGACCAGAAAUUUCGGGGCUUAGGCUUUGAUAGGACCAGGAGUUCCCAUUUGUUCUUUUUUAUUAUUAAUAUUAUAGCAAACGAAGAGUGAUUGUUAGGAUUUGUGUUGUAAUAUUUUCCCAUAACUAGAAAAUAAAGUACAGAAAACCCCUUAACGACAAAAAAAAAAAACCCUUUGUAUGUUAAUGUAGAACGUUUGACUGGGGAUUUCUUUAUUAUUUCAAAUGACUUUGUUCAAGUGAAUUUGUUUGAUUGGCCUGGGACUCUGUAAUGUUUUAUACUGAAAAAAGAAUUGUUAAAACCGUUUUUAUAUAAAAAAAAAAAAAAAAAAAAACUUGUAUUGUGGUUAUUUUCUUAAAGUUACAAUAUUUACUAUAAUACAUGUUUCUAAGAAGUUUUUUUUUUUUUUUUUUUUUUUUUUGGAUAGCAAAUUGAGUAACAGCUUAAAGUGAGAUGGUGCUCCCCCUUACUGACUUACUGAUAUAUUUUGAACUGCACAUGGAUGUAAUGUUUUUCUUGUUUUUUUUUUUUUCAACAUCAAACUGAAAAAUCAUUGAAAGUUCAUUGCAACCCAAUGUCCAGUGUUUUUGUGUUUUAAUGCACUUCAUCAAAUGUGUUACCCUUUAAAUGAAGUGUGAUCAGGUGACACCGAUCCUGUGUUUUUUCCUUCACCGUGGAGACAUUAUCUCAACUAUAUAGUGGUUACCCGGAUAUUUGGAGAUGGGUUGAACCAUAUCUGUGCUUUAAACAUGUUUUCACAGUAUCUAAAUGUAUGCACAAACUGAAAUGUCCCUACUUUUAAGUCUACCAUUUUCAAGUAAAGAAGUCCAACAAGCUAUGUGUUCAGGGAAAUGACGUAUUUUAUCUUUGAAUAAAUACCCAUUGCAUGUUAUCCUUG